UUGGCAAAUGCGUCCACUUAUAUGAACAGCACUUCUCUGACGGAACUGAGCUUAUCUUCCAGUGUGGAUUCAAGUCUGCGAUGCAGUCUUCCGUCUCCAAAGGCCUUCCGUCUAUUGCGUGGAAUCAAUGACCCAGACAUGCCUUGGCUUGGAUUCUUAUUGGGCCAAACACCUGCCUCAAUUUGGUAUUGGUGUGCAGAUCAGGUAAGUACUGUCAUAAAGAGCAAUGAUAACCACCAUACUCAGAUGAUGGUCCAACGGGCACUUGCGGCAAAGAGUCUGUCUCAUGCUCAAGGCGCAACUUUACUAGCCGGAAUGAUUAAACAGUUACCAUUAUUCAUUAUUGUCAUCCCUGGCAUGAUCAGUCGGAUUUUGUUUCCCGGUAAGUUAAAGAUUAUACCGUCAGGACUGCGUGGACUUAUGCUGGCAGUGAUGUCAGCUGCUUUGAUUUCGGACUUGACAUCCAUUUUCAAUUCAGCCAGCACUCUGUUUGCGGUGGACAUCUAUAAACGUUUUCGAGGGGCUGCUACUGACUGGGAGCUCACUCUGGUCGGACGGUACGUUGGUCGCAUACAAGAAAAGGUUUUAUUCAAAGAAAUCACCAGUUGA